GUUGAUAAUCGAGGUGUAAACAGAACUGACAGAUCGAGUAUGCGCUUUUAUGAAUAGAGUUGUCUCUAGAAUGGAAAGAAGACACUUUCAGUACAUUAAUGGAUCGUUUAACAUAGAACUGGUGUGAUGUGUCUAACCCUCAGGUGAUGCAUGCAGCUGGGUCCCUAAGCUGUGCCCUCUAGAACAAGACCCUGCGAGCCAUACUGCUUCUCUCACUCCCCACGCACACCCCCCACCCCUCCACCCCCACCAAGCCUGCCCUCUGACUUCCCCAGGCCCCCAUAGCCCCCUCCACCCCCCGCCCCCCUCAUCCCUCCCUGGACCUGGUACCGGAGGUCCCUAUGCUAACCUUGCUCAGCAUGUUCUACUACAUCUGUCUGCGGCGUCGGUCCAGGAGCGGGACUCGCGGCGAGGCCCUGACCAGCCGGCGCGCCGUGGAGUCGGGCCAACGGGCGGUGCUGCCGGUCAGCGUGGAGGUGGACCAGUACGCCAAGGAGGUGCUGGACUUCAGCUCUCACUACGGCAGUGAGAACAGCAUGUCCUACACCAUGUGGAACCUGGCCGGCGUGCCCAACGUCUACCCCAGCUCGGGCGACUUCACCCAGACCGCCGUGUUCCGCGCCUACGGGAAGUGGUGGGAGCAGUGCGCCAGCGCGCCGCCCGCCUUCCGCCGCACCCCGCAGGGCUUCCACAGCCAGGACUACCUGGAGCUGGCCUUCGAGGAGCCCGUGUACCCCACGGCCGUGGAGGUGCUGGAGACCUACCAUCCCGGGGCCAUCGUCCGGAUCCUGGCCUGCUCCCUCAACCCCUUCUCCCAGAACCAGCCCUCCGAUGUCAGGUGGGAGGUGCUGUGGUCAGGGGAGCCCACCAAGGUUCUCAGCCCCCAGGCCAGGCAGUUCUCCCCCAGCAUCAAGCAGCUGAGCUUCCCCACCAACCUGCUGCGCCUGGAGGUCAACUCCUCCCUGCUGGGCUACUACACGGAGCUGGACGCCGUCAUCCUCCGCGGCGUGAAGGAGAGGCCCAUCCUGUCGCUCUACAAGAUGCCCGUCAUCGACAUCGGCGACCUGAGCGACAGCGAGGAGGAGCUGGCCGAGCUGGGGCCGGGCGGGCCGGGCGGAGACGGCAGGAACGACGGCGGCAACGGCUACUUCGAUAAGCUGCCCUACGAGCUGAUCCAGUUGAUAGUGAGUCACCUGACCCUCCCAGACCUGGGUUGUCUUGCCCAGACCUGUAAGCUGCUGCACCAGCACUGCUCGGACCCGCUCCAGUACAUCCAGCUGAGCCUGCAGCCCUACUGGGCCCGCCUGUCGGACGCCUCUCUGGACCACCUGCAGGCCCGCUGCGCCCUGCUACAGAGGCUCAACCUGUCCUGGACCGGCAACCGUGGAGCCCUCACCCUGACCGGCUUCAGCAGCUUCCUGAAAGUCUGUGGCUCUGGCCUGGUGUCUCUGGAGCUGUCGUGUUGUCACUUCCUGUCGGAGGCGUGUCUGGAGGUGGUCGCUCAGGCUUGCCCCGCCCUCCAGGAGCUCAACCUGGCGUCCUGCGACAGGCUCCACCCUCAGGCCUUCACCCACAUCUCCAAGCUUCCACGACUCCGUAGACUGGUGCUCUACCGCACCAAAAUCGAGCAAACUUCCUUGCUCAGCAUUCUGACCUUCUGUGUGGAGCUGAGACACCUCAACCUGGGGAGCUGUGUGAUGAUCGAGGACUACGACGCCGUGGCGAGCAUGCUGGCGGCGCGCUGCCGCUCGCUGCGCUCCCUGGACCUGUGGCGCAGCCGGAGCCUGACGGAGCGCGGCCUGGCGGAGGUGACCUCGGGCUGCCGGCAGCUGGAGGAGCUGGACCUGGGCUGGUGCUCCACGCUGCAGAGCAGCUCCGGGUGUUUCCUCCACCUGGCCCGCGCCCUGCCCCGCCUGCGCAAGCUCUUCCUCACGGCCAACCGGACCGUGUGCGACUCGGACAUAGAGGAGCUGGCGGCCAACUGCCCCGCCCUGCAGCACAUCGACAUACUGGGUACGCGGAUGGUGAGCCCCGCCUCCCUGAAGAAGCUGUUGGCCGCGUGUCCGAAGCUGCUCCUGUUGGACGUGUCCUUCUGCUCCCAGGUGGACGCCCGCGUGGUCCAGGAGCUCUCCGCCCUCUUCCCCCGCGUGGACAUUAAGAAGAGCUUCACCCAGUGAGGGCGCCUCCGAGGCGGGCCCUCUCGCCUGGUGGGACACCCAGAGAUCCUGGGGGAGAGGGGGAGGGUGGGAGGUUGACACCAGAAUGAGACCCACCUCCCCCCCCACACGCACACACCCUCUCUCUGCCCUGGUGAAGAGGGUUCAGGGGCAGACCUUGUUGACGGAGGUCAGGUGGAGGAUAUUCUGGUCCCCCAUGUUUGGUUGGAUGAACCAGAGGGUUCAGGUGCGUUUUAUAGAUGUUUGGCUGAGUUUAAUGGGAGAUUUCGAUCGGUGUGGUAGAAGUUGGAGUGCAUUUCAUAGAGGCAUAGGUAUUAGGUGUGUUUGAUUCAAGGUUUGGGUGUGUUUGAUUACCACACGGGGUUGGAACCCUGCCAUGUCUGCGACAUCUUCUGGAGUCACAUUUCCACAUCAGCCUCCAGCCUCAUUCUCAGGGGUUUUUAUUGUAUUGUUUUAUUCUUUUAAUUGAGUUUUUACUUUCGUUCAGGAGUCAUUUAAAUGGCCUUCUCUACACAAAGCCACAAUCUGAUCAUCUUUAAAACACACACGCACACACACACACAUUGACAGGUCCCUCACUACAUGGAGACAAACAUUGAUAUUCGAUGUUCAAUAUUGUAGUAGAAUUUGUAUAAUUGUAAAAAAUUGUGUUGAUAUUCCUUAAUUAUUUAUUGAAUGAUUUUGUAUUAAAUGAAUCCACCUUUACAAGUAGUGCAAGUGCUUGAACAGCAUUUACUUUACGCAAAAAAAAACUUGAAGUUUCCUUUUAAGCACAUGCUCGCAAGUGUGUGAAGUCUUUUUGUGCCUUAUGCUUCUGGUUGAAUGUUGUGUGUGUGUGUGUGUGUGGUUGUCUGUGUGUGUGUGUGUCUGUGGUUGUAGCUCGGUGCCCUGUUUUUCUUGCCCUUCACCAAAGUCACAUAGUAAAUGGUCCUCAGGACUUUAAACCAAUGAAAAUACUGAUCAGCCAUGUUGAUUUACAUAUGCAAAAAAAAACGAGAAAUGAAAGAGAAAUGACUGUAAGUCUGUUUGAGAUGUCUGGAUGACGAUUUUUUCAUUAAAUGGCUGAUCUGUUCAA